CUGGUAACUUUUUCCGAGGAGUAUAUAAACCCUCAAGUUUGACAGGAUCCUCAUCUUGUUGGCUGACCAGUGUCGCAUAGGAUCACAUACAUUACCAGUGUCAUCAUGCUUCGUCUUGUUCUCCUCGCCUUGGUGGGCAGUGCCCUCGCUGUUUACGAUGAGCAUCAUCUUGCUCCAAAAUUCAACGACUUCUGCAAGAAGUGCAUCGAAGAGAGAAAUGGCGUAGGCUACUACGAGAACCCAGAAGACUGCAAAACUUAUCUCCAGUGCGAUUUGGAUGAUGACCUUAACAUCAAGGUUCACGUGAAGGAAUGUGCUGAAGGCACCCUCUUCGACGGUACCAUUGUUACCUGCGUUCCAUGUGAGGUCGCCACCUGCCCAGGCAGCAAGGUCCCAUACCCACAGUGCCCACCAAGAACCGCCCCACCAACCACCACCCUCGCUUACACCACACUUCCCCAGUUUGAUGGCAAAUGUGACGGCCCUGACGGAUGGACCUACUUGGCCGUGUGGGGUGAUGCCAACACCUUCUACAGAUCCCAGACCCUUGGUGAUGAGACCAGAAUCGAGCGUGUCAGCUGCGGACAGUGGGAGUUCAACGUCAAGAGAUGCAUGUGCAUGGUUCCAGAUCUCCAGGCUAUCGCCCUGUGGCCUUUCGAUGAGAACACCGACACCACCGUCGAUAACUUCUGGACAGACUGCGCUGGUGUAGAGCUUUUGGACGGUAAAGUCGGAUACGCUGCUCACUUCAACGGCACCGUCCACUGCGAGGUCCCACGUUUCAACAACUACCCAUGGGGAUCUGCCCUUACCAUCUCUUUCUGGUACAAGAACGCUGCUCACGCCAAGAACGACCGUGAGGGUCUCCUCAGCAACGGCAACUGCGCUAUCGAGCCAACCAUCUCCUUCUGGUCUGACCGCGGCUAUCUUGGAGGCCGUGUCCUGGUCAACAACAACGGCACCCUCCUCACCGUCGACCUCGGCAAGAACGGUGGCAGCGGCUGGAACCACGUCGCCAUGGUCUACGAUGGUCUCAGACUGGUGCUUUACGUCAACGGAAAAGUUAUGGUUGAUGAAAUCGCUGUCGGCGCUAUCCCAGCUACCCUUGCUCCACUGUACAUGGGCAGAGACUUGAACUGCGAGGCCGUCGAUGCUCGUUUCAGCAACACCAACCUUGUUGGAUUCCUCGAUGAGGUCCAGAUCUACGACUGGGCUCUUACCGACGCCAUGAUCUGGAAGCUCAAUGCUGGAGAGAGAAACAUCAAGAUGGCCAGAACCGACUAGAUUUUGAGAAUAUGAAAACAAAUUGAUUUCAUCUUAAGUUACCUGUCAAUUAUAAUUUGUGGAAAAUCUGCAAUGACCUGUCAUUAACGGACCCAGCUGUCAUACAUAAACGUUCAGUUCAUCUCUUUUUCAUUUAGGUUUUUUUCGCUUCAUUAUUGUAACACCUAAUACAAAUUUGAAGAAAUUUAUUUUCCACAUCUGUCAAAGGGAAAGACUUAUCCUUUAUGAGGAUAAGGAACUCCACCUGCUUCUACAUCCAUUGAGAUCAUACGCACUUUGUCAUAUCUUUAAUGGUGUUGACUUUAAUUUUCAUCGAAUUACUGAAGUAUAUACAUACAGUAUGUCUGAAUAAAUUAUUUGCUAUAUAA